AUGUCUAUGCAUCUGAAAGAAGGAGACAAACUAUGCCAAAAAUGUUAUGCAUCGUUAUCAAAUGUUUUGGAUGAUUCAUUUGAUUUAGAACGAAUGGAUAUUGAUUUCGAGGAACAGUUGAAUGUUGAUCAAUUUAGUAAUGCUGGAGAAAAUAUCAGUACACCAUCCAUUGAGGAACAUUUAAACGUAAAACAAUCAGCGAAAGAAGAACUCAAUGCUGUAUUUCAGGUGCUUCAUAUGGAAAAAAUACGUGACGAGUAA